AUGUCUCGAAACCGCCCUCGACCCCGUGACAAUGGCCUCGGCAACAACGAGGAGAUGGAGCUCUGGACGCGCAUCUGCCAAGACAUUCGCAAAGCCAAGGAGACGUUCGAGCAGCAGGCUUCCCUGUCCGUCAACAUCAAGACACUGGUAGACAAGAUCACUCGCGAAGGCAACAGGCCCAGUCUAGCAGACCACGACCAGCUUGACACGUGGCUGCGCCAGAGCCAGAAGCUCAGCGAAGAUGAACGCUCGAUCAUGCAAGAUGAACCAUGCGAUGUGAUCAAGAACCUGGAGCUCCUUACCGCGCUCCGCAAAGCUUCCGAGGCCGAAGCCCCGCCAAACCGCUCAACCGCGCUUUCCAAGUCUCGCAAGAAGCGGUCUGACAUGGAAAUUUCCGCUAUCGAUUCGCCAGGUGCGCCGGGAGCGGAUAAGGGCCGCUCCAAAGGUGCGAUUCCUCGUAGCACGAGCGUCUCGAGUACCCAGGCGCGAGAGGGCCGGAAUGAUGGAAUCACGGUGAAGGUCGAGGAGGGCUCUGAGAGUACCAAGGGCACUGUUGCGGAGCGGACUGGUCAACUUGUUGUGGGAGCACAGGUCGUUUUCAAGCAUAACAAGAACAAACAGGGUGUGGAGGGUGAAGGGAUACAGUGUAUUAUCAAGAGUAUCUCGGGAGAUGGCCAUAAGAAACGCUGGUACGAUGUCCAAGACCCAGAGCCGAACGAAAAUGGUGAACAGGGGGCCGUUUACAAAACCACUGCCGCAUCUUUGAUUCCAAUCCCUCAGAUGACUGGGUCUCUGCCUUCUUUUACAGUCGGUAAACAGGUCUUAGCAAGAUAUCCCGAUACCACGACGUUCUACCGCGCCGAGGUGAUGGGAUCCAAAAAAGAUGUCUACCGCCUGAAGUUCGAAGGCGAAGAAGAUGACAAAGAGAUGGAAGUUGACCGGCGCUAUGUUCUGGAUAUUCCGAACAAAUAG